UAGCGCCGCAAUAGACACUGACAGAUGAAUGAAGCUAACCGUUAGCUUCUUGCUAGCUACAGCUACAUUGGGGUUUACAAACUGGCUGUAAAGCUCAGAAACAAGAAACCACUGGAUGCUAAAGACACUGAAGAAGCUGCUCAGAGUUUCCACCCACUGAGCUCCGUGUGCUCCACAGCUGAACUCAACACGGAAACGUGUUGGUACAGAUGUAGCUGGCUAAUAACAAACAGGAGCAUGCAUGGGAAGCAGUCGCCUGCGAUGGAUACGAGCCUGAAGCUGUCACCUGAAUCAACUGAUAACAAACCAAACCAGGAAGGCUGAGGCAACAGUGGAACCAUGUACUCAAGCCCUAAUCACCCCAUGAAGCCCAGCUACAACAGCAGCAGCAUCACUGAGCUGCUGGGCACCCUGUGUGACUGCAGCCUGUCUGGAGUAUCAUGGAAGCGUCGAGCCCUGGGUGGGGUCUCAAGAGAAGGAUUCCGUAGAGCUCUCAAGAGGCGUGCUUACGGUGCCCUGCUCGCCAAACUAUUUCUAGAUGGCAGCAAAGUUUCAUCUUCAGCACCGAGUGCCACAGUUCGUACGCCGCCCAGAAACAAAGUCCUGAUGAUAUGUUUCGACUUGCGGGUGGCAGGGUGCAGAGAGGAAGCAGAGAGGUUGGAGGAACAGCUUGGGAGGCUGCCGGAGGAAUCGUCCUCUGGCCUGAAGGAAAUAGAUGCAGUUCUUGAGCUCCUUGUGCACCUAGCUGGUUCUGCACCUCCACCCUCUACCUCUUUCAACAGGGACUACAUGAGACGAGAGCGGCCCGUGUUGCGGAGGCCUCAACCCUGGGGCUACCAGAGCGAAGAGCUUCAGCGGCUAGAGGCCAGGGCGUGGGGGCUAGUGUGCGGGGAGGAAUGGGGGACUUUGGAGAGUUUGUGUGGAACUCAGAGGUUGAUGGAUGCCCCUCCAGGUACAGGGCUGUUAGCUCUGAGGACCAAAUUGGAAGUGGAAGAAAGAUUUGAGAAGGAGACCAGGAUGACACUGUUUGGAGCACUGCAGCACACUCGCACUUCAGACAUAGAUAUAAGACUGGACCUGCCUCCUGUUCCCAGUAAUAUUGAUGUAACUGGGCUGGCUAUCAGGGUCCCCUCCUGUUCAGAUCAGUCUGAGGAUGAGGGCUUCCAGUCUUCGUCCAACCUGACCCCAGACUCUCAGUCAGAGCCCAGCCCCGUUCCAGACAUUGAUAUAUGGGAGGCUGUCCGCACUUUUGAGCCCGGAAGACGCCGCUGUUGGGAGUCUGUGGGAUGCCCACCAGGGAAAACUGAGUCUCUCUACCUAACUGAGGGAGGCAGGGAGGCCUUCGACCAGCUCUAUCGUCUUUGGGAGGGGGAGAUGAGGGUGGUGAGCACUGGUACCCCCUCCCCUGUCCUCCCACUGGACUCACAGACACAACUGGUAUCCAACCUCCUCAACGUCCUGAUUGGAGUGGCGUCCACAACCUUCCCUCUUAACCAGAGUGUUCAGUUUGACGUCCGGCCUGGAGUGUGCAUCUCAGGAGCCUCUCCAGAGAGCGUGUCUCGUCUCUUGAGGGAGGUGGCCCAGUACGGCACAUGCUACUUGAGGCUGAGUAACUUUUCUCUGCAGAGUGCCGACAAGAAGGGCCUAGUCUUCCAGGCUUUUACAGGAGGUCUCAGGAAGUACCUGCAUUACUACAGAGCUUGUGUUCUCAGCACUUCACCCACCCUCAGCCUGUUGACCAUCAGCUUCCUCUUUCGUAAGGUUGGCCGCCAACUCAGGUACCUGUCAGAGCUGUGCUGUGUUGACGGGCCUUUGGGUGUGGGCCAGGCUACCUUCCCUGUGGGUGUUAAACUGCUGUCCUACCUGUACAAUGAAGCACAGCAUAACUGCAGCAACGUGAACUAUCCGGUCCUGCUGUCGCUGCUGAAGAGCUGCUGUGAACCUUACACAAGGUUUGUGUAUGACUGGGUGUAUAGUGGCGUGUUCCGGGAUGUCCAUGGCGAAUUCAUGAUCCAGGUCAAUGAGGAGUACCUCAGUUUCAGAGACAAACACUUCUGGAUCCAAGGCUACACUCUGAUCUCUAAGGAUGUGGAGGAUUGUGUUCCCAUCUUCCUCAAACACAUUGCCAAUGAUGUGUACGUCUGUGGAAAAACCAUCAACCUCCUGAAGAUCUGCUGCCCACAGCACUACAUCUGCUGGUCGGAGCUGCCGGUGCCUCGCAUUGCUGUCACCUUCUCCCUUCAGGAGGUGGAGGAUAUCGAGAGGGACUGUGCUGUGUACCGCGGACGUAUGGAGAGGAUUGCCAAGCAUAGCGCCGUCAGCAGGGAAGAGCAGGCCCUGCGUACAGAGCAGGCACGCCAAGAGUUGAUCAAUCAGGUCAGAGCGUCAACAGCCAAAACUCUGGAAAGCAUCCGUGGACGUCAGGUGUCACAACGUCUGGCUGUAGAGGCCAAGAAGAGGGAGCGUUUUGAAGAGCUUAAACAGCAUCUGGAGCAGGAGCAAGAGUGGCGGAGUACAGCCAAGACGAAGCAGGAGGAGGAUGAUUUCAGCUUUGCCAGAGAGCUGAGGGACAGAGAGAAGAGAAUACAAGCCCUGGAAGAGCAACUGGAACAGAGAGCCAGGAAGGAGCUGAUUGCUCAGUACAGUCGUCUUUCAGAGGAAGCCGCCUGCAGAGAGAGACGAGCCUUGUGGAGGGUGCAGCGAAUGAGACUUGAUGAAGCACGAGCUCAGUUCUUUAUUCACGACAGAGAGCACAUUGAGGCAUUAGUAGCAAAAUAUCCUCUAGGACAGGAGAGACCUCCUGCAGACGUUUUGCCUCCUGUUUCCUCAACAGAACAGACUGAACAACAACUGAGCCUGUCAGAGCAGGAGAGUGGUGGGACCCAAGAAUCUGACGCUGUACCAUCACCCCCACCUGAACCAUCUUCACCACCCAUCACCCGCCUCACAGCAGACCAUGCCCUCAUCUCUGAAGCGAUCGAUAUCGAGGAUUUCCUCCCCAAAUCACCAAAUCCUGAAAGUCAGCAAGUGGACAUGGCCCUACAGGAGAUCGGCUCUGACCUACCUGAAGUGUGCCCAACAGCACAACUAGUUGACUAUGACUUCAGUGCCCCCUUUAGUCCACUCGAGGGUAUCGCUGGCCAAGCCUCAGUUCAGCCCCGGCCUCGCUGGGGACCUGCAGUCCAGCCUGACUUGUUUCAAAACCAUCCAUCUUUUUCUCACAUCCCCAUAGGAGAGAAUAUGUCUCAAGUCCAGGAGAAUGUCCCCAAAGCCAGCCCCUUCGGUCAAGCUUCCAAAUCUAGCUUUCCUCUAGGCCAGUAUACCCCAGAGGAGCUUCAAAAUACAUCUAAAGCCUGUGUUUAUGGAUAUCCCUCUCAAGCCACAGCAGAGCAAAUAGAUGGGACUGGUACAGCCACAGAUGACAAGCAAGAUGAAGUUGCACUUACCCCAGAACAGGACACUGAAAUGGAGAUUUUAGAAAGCAAAGCAGAUGAAAAAGAUGAACUUAAAACUAUUGAGCCUACAAAAGAAGAUAAUGUAAUUAUUACUGCCUCCUUCACCUCACCAGGGCAAGACGAUGGUGACCACAAAGUUGUGACAAGUGUUUCUGACUGUGGUGGGGGGAAAUCACUUGAGAAAAACACUCAGGGCCACAUCUCAGAUGUUCAAAACAAAGCCGAUGAAAACAUUUCUUUGCCAAAUGUUCACACUCACGUCUCCAGAGAGCUGCCUACAGAUGUUGUUCCCCCCCAACCAUCACCCAGCAUUCAUGGACACUCCUCUGACGCUAACAUAAAGGUUGGACAGUUUGUAUCUGAGGUCACUGCGCCUCAUUCGUCUCCUAACAUCCACGGCCAUGCCUCAGAUUCCCACAUCAAGAUUCGAGGACAUGUUUCAGAUGUCGAUGCUCCUCUACCUUCCCCCAGCGUCCAUGGUCACUCUUCUGAUGCUCACAUUAAAGUCGGGGAUAAUGUCUCAGAAUUUGAAGCUCUUUUUCCUACUCCCAACGUCCAUGGUCAUGCCUCAGAUUCCCACAUCAAAAUUGGGGAGUUUGUUUCUAACGUAGGUUCCCCUCUGCCCACCCCUAAUGUUCAUGGUCACAGCUCAGACGCUCAUAUCAAAGUUGGGGAGAAUGUUUCUGAAGUUGUUGCACUACUCCCUACUGCCAGUAUCCACGGUCACUCUUCUGAUGCAAACAUAAAAGUGGGCGAGUUUGUGUCCAAUGUAUCUGAAGCAAUACCUCGUUUGAGUAAGCACGGGCACAUCACGGACUGCACGCUUCAGCCAGGCUGUCAGGUGUCAGGAGCUAAACCUACCAUGUCCCCCUUACCCGGCAGCUCUUAUGGUCACUCCUCAGACUCAACGUUAGGUGUUGGAUGUGUAGUUUCUGGAGAUGAACCAAAAUGUCCUCCACUGCCGGGCAGCGCUUACGGUCAUUCCUCAGACUCCAAUCUAGGUGUUGGAUGUGUUGUGUCCAAAGCUGGAGCUGUACCAUCGCCACUGCCGGGCAGCGCUUACGGCCACUCCUCUGAUUCGUCGCUGGGUGUAGGUUGUACGGUGCUGGGGACUCAGCCGCAACCCUCUGCACUACCAGGCAGUGUUUAUGGCCACUCUUCAGAUUCUUCACUUAGUGUUGGAUGUGUGGUGAAGAGCAAUCAGCAGAAAACAGAGGACAAUGAAGGAAGUGAAGGUCUUAGGCUGGAGAGUCAUGGUGAGCAGCUGGUGGAGGGCAUGGGGUCCUGGGCAGCAGGCUUUGGUUUGUCCCCAAGAGAACAGUCUGAGCAGGAAUACCUCUUAGCUCUGUCUGCUCAGUACCAGGUGGACCUCUAUGAAGACUGCUAUAACCUAAUGGCUUCAUCACCCGAGUGUCAGCUGCUGAAGCAGGUAACUCGGGGCCCCUGGGGCCUUCCUGUGGAACCCACACUCCGUGGAGCUACAGACACCACUGCAGUCCAACUCAGCGAGAUGGUGUCCCUGCCGGUUCUGAUAAAACACUCUGUCACCACGCCACUCAUCACACAUGUGUCUUUGGUGAACAAGGCAGUGGUGGACUACUUCUUUGUGGAGUUGGGAGUGGAAAGACACUUUGAAGCACUGCGCCAUUUCCUGCUGAUGGAGGACGGCGAGUUUGCCCAGUCCCUCAGUGAUCGGCUCUUUGAAAAGCUGGGCAAUGGGCAGACUCCCGGUGAACUGCUGACCCCCUUGGUCCUGAACUCCAUCCUCAGUAAGGCCCUGCAGUACAGCUUGCACGGGGACACCCCCUUGGCCGCCAACUUCACCUUCGCCCUUCGCUUCUUCCCGGAGACCUUUCACCCGCACGCCCCUGACUCCCUCAACUGCCUGGAGCUACGCUACAAGGUGGACUGGCCGUUGAACAUCAUCAUCACAGACAGCUGCAUGAACAAGUACAACCGCCUGUUCUCGUUCCUGCUGCAGCUCAAACACAUGGUGUGGAGCCUCCGCGAUGUCUGGUUCCACCUGAAGAGAACAGCGCUGGUGAAGGGUGCGGGUCGCUCGGUGCAGUUUCAUCAGCUGCAGCUCUACAGACAUGAGAUGCAGCAUUUCGUCAAGGUGAUACAGGGAUAUAUCGCCAACCAGAUCCUGCAAGUGUCGUGGAGCGAGUUCACAGCCAAGCUGGCCACUGCCAGCGACCUGGAUGCCAUCCACCGCACACACGCAGACUACCUUAACAGAGCCAUCUUCAGGGGUUUGCUGACGGAGAAAGCGGCUCCGGUCAUGAACAUCAUCCACAGCAUCUUCAGCCUGAUCCUCAAGUUCCGGGCCCAGCUGAUCGCACAGCCGUGGGACAGCCAGCACGGCGAGGCUGUGCACCCCAGCUUCAUCGCCAUGCAGCAGUCAUACAACACCUUCAAGUAUUACUCUCACUUCCUUUUCAAAGUGGUGACCAAGUUGGUUAACCGAGGCUACCAGCCUCAUCUCGAGGACUUCCUCCUUCGCAUCAACUUCAACAACUACUACAAAGACUCUUGAGCUGUGUGCUGGUGUGUAUCUAAUUUUUAAAGUCACAAUUUCACAGACAUGUUAUAUACCUAACCAAUGCAGUAGUGUAUUGUGCACUGUACUUGUUUAUAUUUUUAGAAUCUUACCUCGGACACAAUCCAGAUAAUCUGACGUAUAAAGUUAUUCUUGCUUUCACGUCAGUGUGCAGAAUACAUUAAAACCCCACCUGGACUUUACACUGAGAAAGGAUUUGACAUUGAAACCACAUUAGGCAAUCACCCCACAUCAACGUGCAGGAUGUGAACUACAUGCCUGCUGCUUGAUUAAUUAGUCUGCUUCUAAAAUCUCUAUGCUGCCAAAGUUUGUAAUUGUGAUGAAGCUAAUGCCUGUAAUGAAAUGUAAUGCCUCCCGUGCUCAGGUGUGCCUCCAGCUGUGUAGAUCUAAGUGCAUAUAGCUUGAAUUGAAAUUAGAUGUAAAUACUUAAGGAAAAUGCUUUGUUCAAUAAAUGCUCUAUUCUUUCCUCUUGACCUUUAAGCCCUUUUAUAAAGAAACGACAACUGUUACUUGAGUAAAAAAAAAAACACUGUAUAAUGCCAGAAAACAAGAAGUGCAUGGCCUUAUGGGUAGUAGAUAUCAACUUCAGCUAAUACAAAAAUACAGAUGCUAAAGGGAGCCAAAUAUCUCUGUCUCUCUCUUUCUGUGUGUGUACAGAUGUAAAUAAAGAAAAGUUAAAAGAUGAAUGCAGUUGGACCCAUUGGGUAACUAAUGUGUGUUGCUAAUUUAGUCAUGAGUAUGUUUCAACUAAUUAAAGUAUAACCAUAGGCUAAGUUUUUUCUAAUUUACGAAUAUGGUGCAUCUGUCUCUUAAUGGUUGUAGUAGAACUUGUCUGACAAUUAUCUUUUUAUCAGUGAAUUGUUUUUUACACUUCAGUUAACAGGAUGUUAAACUUUGUACUGUUAAUAUAUCACUCACCACGUCUGUCUUCCUUUUGAGACAGAAAAAAUCAUAUUUACCCAAAUGUCAAACUAUAACUUUAAUUCCUUCAAUUAAAUGUAAACCA